AUGUCUCUGCUGCCACAGGCUUGGUCGAAGUUGGGGGAACGGUCCGAACACGGAAAGGAAGCGGAAAUGGACGAGGAAGUGACCGACAUAGCUGCGAAACAGUAUAGAGCCAGUGUUGCUACUAACACUCAUUACUUUGAGGAGUGGGAAACGGCUCUCAAUAAUGAUGAUACCAAAGCAAUUGCGAAGUUAAUCGAAAAGGGCUUUGACAUCAAUAUUCCCCUUUAUGGAGAGCUGCCACUAAGUGAGGCUGCGAGGACAUCGGCAGUCAUCACGAAAUUCCUUCUAGAGACUGGUGCAGAUGUUCAUCGCAAGACUCGCUCAUCGAAGACCUCACUCCAGAUCGCGGUCCGAUAUCAUAAAUACCCGCUGGAAGUCACCAGGGUUUUGCUCGAUGCUGGCGCUGACCCGAAUGUUGAUCCUUACGAGUUGGAUAACCCUUUGUGCGACGCGAUACACAGACGGGAUGUAGACCUGGUUCAGCUAUUGCUCGAUCGGGGAGCGGAUCCUAAUCUCAAGUUAGCUGGAGGGGUGUUCACCAGCCCGCUCCACUUUGCUACUCUAUAUGUCAGAGAUCUCAAAAUCAUUCGGGUUCUGCUUGAUCACGGGGCAAACAUCAGUCUCGAGAGCGGCGAGCUCAGCCCUGCAGUCGUCGAGGCGAUAUCUCGUAGGAGGGAAGAACAGGUUCUGUUAUUUUUGAAGUAUGGAGCAGAACCUCCCAAGGUUUUGAAACAUUGGUAUAAAAGCCACAAGGAGCUACCCUCCAGCUUGAGGCGGUGGGAUACUGCCAACAAAGUUUCCAGAUAUCACAGCUUCGAAGAAUUUGUUCAGGAUGUUCAGCAUAAGAAUGACGAUCCUAUCCAGAUGAAGUGGGAAUGGGAAGUGCCAGCCGUGAUUGAGAUGGUAAGAUCGUCUGGGGUCUCUGCUGACAAUAUUCCGUUCUGGCUUCUGUACGAGAAUGUCGUGUUCAUUACGGAUUAUGACGCUACCCACGUCACUGCCACUAAUUGUCGUGACAUUCUGUACCAGCAUUUGGGCACCUUGGGGCUGGCUUUUGUCCUGGAUUUCUUGAUAGCAGUCGCUGCAAUGAAGCUGGACGCCAGUCACGACGGUAUUGUUCCCAUGUCACCCAUGAUCAUCCGGUUCUGCCGACUGACGCAGGUUGCAGUGUAUCCGUCCAUGGGCCUCUGGGGGACCAACGUUUUUGAAUCAAUAACAGUAUCUCCUAAGGACGUGACCAUUAAGUUUCACCCCUGGCUACAUCACUACGGUCAGUACGACCACAACGACUACGAACGAUAUUCGCGUACGAUGGAUUGGCUCUGCAGAACGAUUCGCAUGCCUGGGCCUGAUGGUUCCGUGACCCUCUCGAAAGCAUUUUAUUCUCGCGACCGGUGCGAAGUUGCUACUGACUUCGGCAAGGGAGCAGGCCCCCCAAAAAGGCGCAUUCGAUUCGAAAUCUUACCUUCAAUGCAUCUAGCGAACAGUCCGUUGCCGGUCAACAAAGAUGACUGUUGGCGCCGUCUACUCAACAGUUGUGUCGUAUCAUUGUGCGAAAAUCUAUUCGAAAGAGCAUCCGAGCGGCGGGGUAUGGGCAAGGGUUUGGAACUGUCCUUUGACCUCAUGGUCACGCUCGCAGCGGUCGAGUUUCAAUUGACGAUAGAUGGCGGUGUGGUCUUCGUUGGAUAUCAGACUGUCCUCUUCCCAACUGCGAUGGCUGAGAAUUAUGCAUAA